AUGUCGCUGCCCCGGAAAGAUCAGCUGCUCGUGUUAUUCAUCGGACGUCUGGCCGACUUCCUCCAGGUCGCUUCAUUACAGGCCUACGUUUUCUACCAGCUCAAACAUAUGGACAGUGACCUGUCUGAUUCCCGCAUCUCAGAACGUGCUGGCCUCUUGCAAGGUUGCUUCACCGGUGCCCAGGUAUGCACUGCUAUCCUGUGGGGCAACAUUGCCGAUGCCAGCUGGUGUGGUCGUAAGUGGGCGUUGAUUAUCGGUCUCGGAGGCACGGCGCUCUCUUGCGUAGGAUAUGGGUUCUCGACCACUUUCUUCUGGGCCGCGUUUUGGAGAGUGUUUGGAGGUGCCAUCAACGGCACUGUUGGUAUCAUUCGAACUAUGAUUUCAGAAAUCACUGUCGAGAAGCGGUUUCAAUCUCGCGCCUUCUUGCUUCUGCCCCUGAGCUUCAACGCUGCCAGCAUGCUCGGCCCAAUCAUGGGCGGUCUCCUAGCUGAUCCUACUACAACUCUCCCCAACUACUUCAGCGAGGACGCCAUCUUCGGGUUCCAGUGGAUCCGUGACUAUCCCUUUGCCCUACCCAGCAUCCUCAACGCCGUCUUCCUCGGCUUCUCUACCCUCAUCACCUUCCUAUUCCUUGAAGAGACUUCCAAGGAUCGACGAAACAAAUACGAUCCCGGUCUCCAUCUCGGCUACCGCCUGAGGCGCAGCGUCGCUGGUCUCAUGGGCCCCAAGUUCAUGGGCGGCUACGCCCAAGUCCCGCUCUGGGAGCAGGGCGAAACCGCCACCGAAAAGGCCGCCGCCGCUGCAGCAGCAUCAAAGUUGACCAAGAAGAUCGGCCGUCUACCCUUCUCCCGCAUCUGGACCCGCAACGUCAUCUUCACGCUCAUCAACAGCGCCUUUUACGACUUCCAGCUUGGUGCCUUUACCAAUAUUUGGUCGCUCUUCCUCUCCACGCCGCGUUACGGAACGCCCAGCACCACUGGGGGAACUGAAAAGGUGUAUUCCCGAUCUCUUCCCUUGCUCUUUACCGGAGGUCUGGGCAUGCCGGCCUCGACUGUUGGCGUGGCGAGCUCGUUUCUUGGUCUCCUAGGCAUGAUCCUCCAGUUCACCCUCUAUCCCCCGGUCCAGGCCCGUCUCGGCACAAUGCGCUCUUUCCGAUGGUUCCUCAUCCUAUUCCCCGUCGCGUACUUCAUCGGUCCUUAUCUCUCCAUCCUGCCCUCCUCCACACAGGCUCCAGAGGCGGCAUCCGGACCCUGGAUCUGGGCCGGCAUCAUCCUCAUCCUACUACUACAGGUCAUGGCACGUACCUUUACCCUACCAGCCACCAUUAUCCUGCUCAACAACUGCAGCCCGCACCCGAGUGUGCUCGGCACGAUCCACGGCCUGGGCCAGAGCGUGUCGGCCGCGUUCCGAACCGUCGGUCCCGUUGUGGGCGGCUGGUGGUACGGAUACGGCCUUGACAUUGGAAUGGUGGCCUGGGGAUGGUGGGGAGUUGCUGUUGUUGCAGUGCUGGGAUGCGGUACGGCCUUGCUGAUGCACGAGGGUACUGGACAUGAGAUUUACCUCGAGGGAGAGCGGGAAGAGAUGGAUGAUCAAUGA